AACAGCAAUAAUGUAAAAUGAAAAAAAAAAUGUGAUUCAGAAAAAGAGCUAAGAUUACAUACACAUCAGGUACUGGGAAAAGAUGACCUCAGUAGUAGAAGAUGAAGCUACAUAGAAAGUUUUGAAUAGGACAGAAACUAACUUUAAAAAAAAAUAAACAGUGAAGGAAAGAGGGCAGAAAAUGGAGCUUUACCAAAGAAAUGUGCAAACUGACAAAAUUUUGAGGACACUGCUUGCAGAACUGAGGUUAAUGGAUGAGGCUUUGUAGAACACAGACCGUCUUAACAACAAGAGGAGGAAACUGAGGACGAACUCUCCUUUACUCAUUCUUUUCUGGACCCUCAUUCUCUAUGCCACAUUCUGUACUGAGCAUCUGUGGCAACAGGUUGGUAAUAGCAGUAUCUCCCAGCUGUCUCCCUGAGGACUGCCACACAACUAUCCCUUCAAAGACGUGCUGGCUCUGCUUCACUUGCUUCUGAGCUGGCUGAUCAAAGAAACCAGCUGGCACACAGAAUGGCUUUCUUUCUGAUGUGGGCCAACCUGCUUCUACUUCUUCUCGAUGCAGUGUCAACAGAAGAGGUUCGGGCCCACCCAUUCACUGAUGUGACCCUGGACUGCGAGUUCUCCUUUAUAGAAAGCACAGAAAACCUUGAGUUUUACUGGGAGAGAGAAGACAUAAUAGAGGAAUAUGAUGUGGAAGACCGUGACUUUUAUCGCUUUUUUAGGUAUUACGACUUCUUUCAAGUCUUCACAAAGGUGGUUUACCAGUUCUACGAUAAUGCAGAGCAACUUGAAGAGCAGAAUGCCUUAUAUGAGGGAAGAGUCUCUGUGGAUCAGAGUGAAAUCUCUGAGGGGAUUCUGUCCCUUCUGCUACGAAACGUGGAUUUCAUGGACGAAGCUUUGUACAAGUGUUCAGCCAUCUCCCCCAAUGGUAGAGGGGAGAGUACGGUCAAGCUCAUAGUGGAAGAUUCUGAAAUGCCCCAGGUGAAGUUUGAGAAGAUUGAUGAAGAAGAUGUGGUCACAUGCACAUCCAAGGGCUGGUAUCUCACCCCCAACGUGACCUGGUUAGACCGGGGAGAAAGAGACCUUAGCAACCACAGCACAGUGGAUGUCCUGGAGGAGCAGAUGAAUGGUUUGUACAGAGUGUACUCUGUCCUCAGAUACCCAGUCAAGUUAAAUGAAAAAUAUGUCUGCCACAUUACAGAGACAAAUGAAAACAACCGGCCCAUUAGAUCCAUCCGGCGGUACCCAAAGAAAAGGUUUGGUGAAUAUGAAUAUUGAGAGAUCUGAAUGCUCUCUGCCCAAGAACCCGCUGUGCCCUCAGUCAGUGGAGUUGCUGGUUUCUCUUGUGAGUGAUGUUCUUUUUGUUCUGGACACUUACUGAUCAUAAACCACAAACAGGAAACAAGGAGUCAACCAGUCCAGACUGUUACAUAUUAACAGAGUCUGGCUUCUCAUCUCUGCGUCUCUCUUUUGUUUAAAAGAUUUGUUUUAUUAAUCUCAUUCUCCCAACAUGUUAAAUUCUGAGUAAAUUUCCAAAGUCUUCAGUGCAAAACGAAAGGGGAUUAAAAUCCUGGUGG